UGGCCCUCUAUGCUUAGCAAACCCCCACCUCCAUUUCACACAAUUAUUUUUCCCCAUACAAUUUCUAAAACAAAACCUUUGUAAAUCCCACAAAAAAUUUGUUUUUGGCUCAAUUAUUUCACUCACCAAAAUUGCCCCCUUCCUCAGGUGAGACAAGCACAAGUUUAAUUGUGGGAAUUGUCGAGCCAGAUGAAGGAAGAAGAGAGAAUUGAAAGGAUCAUUCGCGGGCUUUUGAAGCAACCGGAAAACAGGAGAUGCAUCAAUUGCAACAGUUUGGGGCCGCAGUAUGCCUGCACAACUUUCUGGACAUUCAUAUGCACAAAUUGCAGUGGAAUACACCGGGAGUUCACACAUCGAGUAAAAUCAGUGUCAAUGGCUAUGUUCACUGCAGAUGAAGCUAGUUCUCUUCAAACUGGAGGGAACGAGCGAGCGAGGCAAACUUUCUUCAAGACGUGGGAUCCCAGUAAGAAUGUGUGUCCAGAUGGCAGCAACCUUAACAAACUUAGGGAGUUCAUCAGAACUGUUUACGUGGACCGGAGAUUUUCAGGUGACAGGAUCCAAGACAAUAGGCCUUCAAGUGUUAAAUUGGGUUCGAAAGAUGUAUAUGACGACCGACUUUCCUCUGAAAGAUCCACUCCUACUGCAAGGGAGGCGUUCGUCGAGCGCCAUUCCUUUGAGAGUUCGAGUCUUGGUGACAGGCUUUCAUACGAGAAGUUCAGUCGAGGUGGUCGAGAGGACUUGCGUGGUAGGUUGUCUGUGGAGAAAUAUGCUACACCUAGAAAGAACAACGAGAGGAGCUUGAGAUAUUGCGUUGAUCAAAUCAGAAGUCCCGUGCCUCCCGUGAGACAGAAGAGCUGUUCUGCGAGGUUUGAGAUAGUCGAUGACAGGUUUCGAGAGGAUCGAGCUGGUAAUGUGAAGAAGUAUGAGCAUUAUAAGUUUUCGAGAACAGAAUCGAAGCAGGGGAGCAGAUCACCAGAUGGUCGACGAGUGAGGAGCGAACAAAGUCCUGUUGCGAGCCCGGUUAGAGCUAUCUCGGGUGAUAAAGCUCCCGAGCUGAAGGUUGGUGAGUAUCCAACAACUCCAAAACCAAUGGCUCAAAAUGAGACUACUGAUGGUUCUGCUAAGGCUGAGAAGACUGGUGUUUCUAAAGAUUCAUCGGGAUCUUCUCCUAAUGCCAAACCGAGCCAAAAUGAAGUUGUUCAGCAGCUGCCCGUAAGCUUGAUUGAUUUCGACACAGAGCCUCAAUCUCUUUCUGUCACUUCAACAACGCAACCCGAGACUAGUGGCACAACUUCCUCGAACGACAAGGUUUCACCUGUUGAUACUCUGGAAGCUUUACUAUUCGGGUUGUCUCCAUCUGUUUCAGCGACAGAGAAUAAAGCACUAGUGCCUUUUGUCAACGAUGCUAAUCCCGGGACUACUCCUCCUCCUGCUCGGGAUGCAGGACAGACAGAAAUCCUGGCACUGCCCGGUCCAGAAGAUUUCGAGGCUCACGUUCAGAAUGUACAGCACUCGAUGCAGAACCCGCCUUCUGCAUACCCUUCCGGGAUCAAUACUUUUACUCCCCAACAAAGUACAGAGCUAACGCUUUAUAACCCGCAUAGUACUUCAGAGCCUUCUCCUAACUUUGGAGAGGCCGCCUUUAGUAAUAUGCCACAGCAAUCAUCUCAACCAGCUUGGGAUGCUAGCUCGGGAAAUGAUUUAAGAUCUAGUGGAAGAAGAGAGCUUCCAGCGGAACUUUUCACAUCGAGCUAUGCACCGUUUUCUGCAGCCCCAUCUCCCUGGCAAUUCCAUCCUCCUCACGGGAUGGGAUACGGAAUGCAAUAUAAUCCACAUCCAACGAUGAUGGUCUCAACGAAGUCGAGAAAUCCUUUUGACGACGAAAGCCCUCAAUUUCCUUCCAUGUCUCCUUCACCGCCAUUCCCGUAUUCAUUGCCCUCACCUCAGCUCGCAUCUUCUUAUGGAAUGGCCAUGCCUUUGGGAGCAUACGUUGGACAACAAUUAAACGACAACAUGUUAAUUCACAGGCAUCAACGAAGCCAUAGCGAUGAAACCGGAGAAUCAGCCUUUGUUUCGCUGAAUCCUCUCCAGCAAUCUAGCAGUGGGAGUACAUAUCAGAUGCCAAGUGCUUCAAAUCCUCAUUUAUCCAGAGGAAAUCCUUUCACUUAGAGGAAAAUGAUGAACAUACAAGUAAUAUAAUCCCAGAGAAAAGGAAGUAGGCCUGUUUAGUCCUCUGAAGAACAUCAUUUGACUGCUGUCUGAUCUUUCCUGAGAUGGAGUGGCUGCAAAAUCUAAGCUGAUGAAGUUGGAAGAUGGUAGAAGACUAGAAGGCUAUAUAUGUUGAGCAACAAUGGAGGAAAGAAUUGAAAACCAGUUUUCAUCAUCAAGGUGUCUUAGAGGCCAUCCAAAUUCCUUUGCAUCAGAUUUCAUUUAUGAAUAUUUAUAUACCACACACAAGCCCUCAAAACCAUUGUAAACAUUCAACAAUACAUACAAUCUUAUUAUCAUCUGUCAACAUUCAUGUGAUUGAGUUGACAUUCAGAAUCUCCUGUUUAAAUCCAAAUUUCACAUUUAAAUAAAAUUACUGAUAAUAGUCUA